AUGAAUUACAUCAAUGCACUUAUUGCUUAUGGAAAUUUACCCGCAGAGACUCCCUGCGUAAGCACUGGAAGUCUUGUCUCUUACGAAAGGCUGCAGGUCAUUCUGUCCCUAAUCCGGCGACACGAGGAAGGAAACGAAGAGCCUGUGAUCAAUGUGCAAGCAUCAACGGAAGAUACUUCUCCUUUGGAAAUGCUCCAUCGUUUGACUGGAACUGAUGGUGAACUUAUGGUAGCUGCCAAACCAACCUUGUCAAUGUCGCUGGCGUUGUCGCCAUUCACCCUAGGAGCUCUCACAACUAAUUCAAACCCCCUCAACUACUCUUGCUUCGUUUCGGACCAAGGAAGUAGAGGGUUAUACUUUCAAGCCUUUGAAACUGAACGCUUUGAGUUUCUUCUCAACUUCACUUUAUGCGGAGGCCUCGACAUUUCGUUUAACUUUCUUACUUCGUCGGAGAAAGUACCUGGCAACGCUUAUUUCGAUAACUUCUUGACUAUCGAUGACUUACUAAGCAUCGACUACGAGGCCGGUAGCAAAUGGGUUAAAGCUUCCGAAGAGAGGAGUCGUGCGACCAAAACUAUGGAGUGGUUGUUCGACCCUCUUCUAUCACAAACAAAGGCAAUAUGCGAAAAGUUGCUCAAUUUACCUGGCAUCGACAAGCUUGUAACAGGUAACCACUUACAAUCAUUGGACGAACAAUGCCUUGAGUUCUUCAACCCCCUGAAUCUUCGGGCUUGCGUUUCCAAGUACCCAAAUGAUGCUCAAAAUGCUCGAAAAUGGUUGGAGCCUGUUGAAAGACUGGUAUUUGCAUUGCCGUGGCUGUCGCGAGAAACUCAGGGUAGUCAGGCAGAUCCCACCUUGACGCGAUAUACCAAGCUAAGAAUAUUACAAACGACCGUAUUAAUGUGUGCUUUGCAAACAUGGGAAGGAACGGAGAAGGCGAAGGAAAGGAUCAGAAAGCUUCGAUAUCCGUACGUCGCCCAAGCCUCUCAAGAGCUAGCAUACCAUCGGCCUGAUGAACAGAUAGGUUCGGACUUGGCUGCAACGCUACGACACUGGGAUGAAUUUAUCUUCGAAGAACAGAUACUUCGCACCAAAACCUACGUCUUUCUGCUUGACACGGCCUUUACCAUCUUCCAUAUGACACCCCCCCGUAUCACUGUUCCUGAUUUAGAUCUCAGAUCUUGGGGGAUUUAUCUUGAUUUCAGCGAUACAUUCCAUCAUAUUUUGCCAACAGAUCUCUUGUUUCUCUUCACAGAAUACGAUUACGCCACUUUUCAAUUCUUUAGACAAAUGGCUGUCAUUGUGGAAUAA